AGACUCGCGAGCUCGCGCUAGUUCACCUUCACAGGUCCCUCCUCCUACCCGAGCGAGCGUCCGCGAGCCCCGCCCCCCGGAGACCGCGGGCGCUCGAUUGGCCGAGGAACCUCUCCAGACAUUUGAAGAGUUGCCAUGUCUGGGAAUCCUGCCUCUUCCUCAGAACAGAACAACAAUAGCUAUGAAACCAAAGCAAGUCUCCGAAUGUCAGAGAAGAAAUGUUCAUGGGCAUCUUACAUGACAAACUCUCCAACCCUCAUCGUUAUGAUUGGCUUACCAGCCCGUGGCAAAACGUACGUGUCCAAGAAACUUACACGCUACCUCAACUGGAUUGGGGUGCCCACCAAAGUGUUUAAUCUUGGGGUGUAUCGGCGGCAAGCAGUCAAGUCCUAUAAGUCCUAUGACUUCUUCCGGCAUGACAACGAGGAGGCCAUGAAGAUUCGCAAACAGUGUGCCCUGGUGGCGCUGGAAGACGUGAAGGCGUAUCUCACGGAGGAGAGCGGGCAGAUUGCGGUGUUUGAUGCUACCAAUACCACUCGAGAGAGGAGGGACUUGAUUUUGAGCUUUGCCGAGGAGAAUUCCUUCAAGGUGUUCUUUGUGGAGUCCGUGUGCGAUGAUCCUGACGUCAUUGCUGCCAACAUCCUGGAGGUAAAGGUGUCGAGCCCCGACUACCCUGAAAGGAACAGGGAGAAUGUGAUGGAUGACUUCCUAAAGAGGAUUGAGUGCUACAAAGUCACCUAUCAACCCCUUGACCCAGACAGCCAUGACAAGGAUCUUUCUUUCAUCAAGGUGAUAAACGUGGGCCAGCGAUUUCUCGUGAACAAAGUCCAGGACUACAUCCAGAGCAGGAUCGUCUACUACCUCAUGAAUAUCCACGUCCACCCUCGCACCAUCUACCUGUGCCGGCAUGGAGAGAGCGAGUCCAACCUCCUGGGGAAGAUUGGGGGUGACUCAGGCCUCUCAGUGCGAGGCAAACAGUUUGCCCAGGCUCUAAGGAAGUUUCUGGAGGAACAGGAGAUAGCAGACCUCAAAGUGUGGACAAGCCAGUUGAAGAGAACUAUCCAGACCGCGGAAUCUCUGGGGGUGACCUACGAGCAGUGGAAGAUUCUGAAUGAGAUUGAUGCUGGCGUGUGUGAGGAGAUGACUUAUGCGGAGAUUCAGGAGCAGUACCCGGACGAGUUUGCGCUUCGAGAUGAAGAGAAAUACCUGUACCGCUAUCCUGGAGGGGAGUCGUACCAGGACCUGGUGCAGCGGUUGGAGCCGGUCAUCAUGGAGCUGGAGCGCCAGGGCAAUGUCCUCGUCAUCUCCCACCAGGCUGUCAUGCGCUGCCUCCUGGCCUACUUCUUGGACAAGGGCGCAGAUGAGCUACCAUACCUGAGGUGCCCUCUCCAUACCAUCUUCAAACUUACUCCCGUGGCCUACGGGUGCAAAGUGGAAACAAUUAAACUCAACGUGGAGGCUGUGAACACUCACCGUGACAAGCCAACUAACAACUUUCCCAAGAGCCAAACCCCUGUAAGGAUGAGAAGGAACAGCUUUACGCCUCUGUCCAGUUCGAAUACAAUCAGGCGUCCAAGAAAUUACAGUGUUGGGAGCCGGCCCCUCCAGCCCCUCAGCCCGCUCCGUGCCCUGGACACGCAAGAAGGGGCCGACCAGCCGAAGACCCAAGCAGAGACCUCGCGGGCUGCGCACAGGCUCCCGUCUCCGGCGCCCCCCACCUCGCCUUCCUGAUGGCGUGAAGGCUGAGGCCAGAACGCUCCCGGAGACUGGGGUCUGCUGAAGACCUGGGCGUGUCAGCUCCACUGGGGCUGGAGCAGGAAGUCCCGUGGGGCCCAGACAUUCGGGGCCACCUGAGUGAGCCUGGAAAAGCUGCCCCCCAUUUCUUCCCCUCAUGCCUAAUGGAAACGACAGUCACCGUGAAAAGCUCAGCUUCCCUGUGCCUGCAAACGUUUCACAGGCGGAGCUAACGCGUUUUGAUCACCUCUCUGCUGGGUUUGGCCCAUGUUGGCCAAUCCUGUUCUCUUUCAGCAGUUUAACAUCUGACCAGUGACUGUCCUCCGGGCUGGAUAUUCUUUGCCUAAUGUACAGAUGCAGCGCUUCAGAUUUAGCUGUUGCCACAUGAGAGGGCUGAACUCGUCCCGCAAACCUUUUCUGUGCUCUAAGAGCUGGGCUCUGCAUCCACUCCAGGUGCACAGGCUAGAGUGUAAUAGGUCACUUAUUCCGUCACAUUGGAAGCAAGAGGCAAAUUCACCGGGUGGAUGGAGGGUGUCUGACAAAUUUAGUCCCCGGAAGGUCUCUUCUGCGGUGAUGGAAGAGCAGCAUCAGUAGCCACCUUUCCAUUUAGAGAAGUUGUUCUCGUUCCAGGCCCCUUGAGGGCAGGAUCUGACUGCAAGACUCCCCGAAAUGGGUGCCCUUCUUCUGAGUUCUGAGCAGCUAUGCUCUCUGCUGAUACUGACUCUGUGUAUCUCUCAGAGUGUAAGAGGGCUGAAGUCAUCUCUGGUGGUUGGGAAUGAGGGAUGGAGAGAAAAGUAGGGUGCCAUUUGGAUCACCUGAAGAAGUAAAUGAAAUUUCUUGGGAAUCACCUCUCCCAGGGAGUUCUUUUGGUGUCAAGACAGGUGCAGGGAGACCUGCCCUUUUGUGAGGUCUGUUGCCGUAAUACAGUAUCUGAGAAAGCUGUGGCUGUGACUUCAAGAGCAUCUGGUCUUCUAGUCCCUUCCUCUUGGCUAGUUGUCACGUCUCCUGGUCCCUCAUGUAGAACCUUGGUUGCCCGCUCCCCCACCUCAGCACAUUAAUCGUGUGGUUUCCCUUGAUGAUAAACCAAGCAAUUAUUCCCUAGGUCAGUGAUUGUCAGAUGUACGAAUAUGUCUCUGUAGAUGAGAUUUUAAUACGCUACUGCUCCUGAAAGAGGAUAUGGAAGCUCCCAAGGAUACUAUAUCAUACAAGCAAAAAAAAAAAAAAGUUUUUUUUUUUUGUUAAGAAUAGUAGGUUUCUAGCUUUUAAAACUUUUUUCCCCUUUUCAUUCAGAUGGCCCACUUGCUGGGCAAGAGGGUGAGUAGCAAGAAAAGUAAUGCAAUGCAGCUUUUCCCAAAUGAUUCUUUAAUAUUGUGGAUGAUACAGGGCUCUGUUAUCUAAGGUGUGAUGCGCUGGGCUGCUGGCAGUUCAGCAACCAGCAACUAGGACCUUAUUUAAAUGCACAAGGCUGCCUUCAGAAAGGUCUCCUGACUGCUCUGUAGCAGGUAAUUUUUAUCUGUCUGCUCAUAGCAUGUUGUACUGUAAUGAUUUUGUUCUGUGAUGCAGAUUUCUUUCUGCAUCUAAAUAUAUUGUCUUUUGAUGACCUGAUAAUGUUGUUUAGUUAUUUAUUCAUCCACAUAAGGUAUUUUAAAUCCCUAUAUUAAU